GUUAGCCGUUAGCACUGUAAGCUAACAGCCGGAGUGCAUAAUGGCGGCCUCGGUGAUAUUGGGGUCUGCGGACAGCACCGGACUCAGCUUUACGGUCGGAGGCGGCAGCAGCACUGUGAAUGUUUUAAUCGGGAACUCUAACGGUCUGGGACCGGCCGGCCCGGCACCUUGGAACCGUUCUCUGGACCGGGCGCUGGACGAAGCCUCGGUCACUGGGUGCCUAAACCUCAGCGGCAGGAAGCUGAAGGAGUUUCCCCGGAGCGCCGCCAACCACGACCUGACCGACACCACCAGGGCCGAUCUGUCCAGGAACCGGCUGUCCGACCUUCCUCUGGACGUUUGUCUCUUUGUGUCCCUGGAGAGUCUGAACCUGUACCAGAACUGUCUCAGGUCUCUUCCUGAUGGUCUGAUGAACCUGCAGGCCCUGACGUACCUGAACCUCAGUCGGAACCAGCUGGCGGUCCUCCCCCCAGUGGUCUGCAGCCUCCCCCUGAAGGUCCUGAUCGCCUGCAACAACAAGCUGGUUUCUCUACCCGAGGAACUGGGUCGACUGAGACACCUGACAGAGCUGGACGUGAGCUGUAACGAGAUCCAGGCGUUACCGUCUCAGAUGGGUCAGCUGGAGGCGCUGAGAGACCUGAACAUCCGGAGGAACCACCUGGUCCGACUGCCUCCAGAGUUGGCCGAGCUUCCUCUGGUCCGUCUGGACUUUUCCUGCAACAAGGUCACCUCCAUCCCCGUCUGUUACCGCCGACUCACCCACCUGCAGACUAUCAUCCUCGAUAACAACCCGCUGCAGAACCCGCCUGCACAGAUCUGCAUCAAAGGGAAGGUCCACAUCUUCAAAUACCUGAACCUGGAGGCCAGCAAGACCACGCCGGACCUGCCCGAGUACGACAGACGACCUCUGACUUCCUGUGUUGACGAGCUGUAUCCGGUACGUCUGUAUGGAGCGCUGGACUCAGGCUUCAACAGCGUGGACAGCGGAGACAAGAGAUGGCUGGGCAACGAGGCUUCAGAGGAGCUGUCCGAGCUGCGAACCAACGAGACCGGCAAAGACCAGAAGCACAGAGGAGGAGCACCUCUGCUGACUAAUGGAACAUAUGUGGAGUUGGAGCAGAUCGACUUCAUCGACAGCUGUGUGGAGGAAGACGAGGAGGCAAAGAGCCGAGGAAGGGGGGGAGGGGGAAGGGACAGCAGCAGCCUCAGCUCUCAGUUCAUGGCGUACAUCGAGAGACGCAUCACCAGAGAGGGUUCUCCUGUAAAAAACAGCCCAUCCAGGACAGAAGACACGAAGAGACACAGCAGGAGCAUGGUCGAUGGAGUCACGCCGCCCUCCAUCUGCCAGAGAGGAGGUGUGGAGCGAAUGAGGAGGGAGGCUCAGCUCGCCGCUCUGAGGUACGACGAGGAGAGACAGAAAAGCCGCUCGGUGCAGAGAGACACAAGCUACACCAAGCAUAAAUCAGCUCAGAGUCCAACGAAGUCUGGUUCUGAUUCUGAGAAUGUCUGCCCCUCCAGACGCUCCACCCACACAGAUGACUCCGCCCUCUUUAUGUCUGUGUCUGCAGACGACUGUCGCUCCCUUGCUUCUGAUAGCUCCGCCUCUUCCUGUCUGCUGCAGCAGGGGGAGGACCGAGCCACUCUCUCUCCAACAGCCAAUCAGUCGCCAUCUUACCCAGGCUCAGGAGGCGUGGCCUCCUGUCGGACAGCAAGUGUGAGACCAGAGAGCUUCCUGUACCGUCUCGGCCAGAGAGAAGACAAGAGGAAAGGAGAUGCCGCACCUCCUCAGAGCCAGCAGGAGCCGCCUCCUCCUCCUCCACCUCCUCUGGUUGGCGAAGAUGCUGAGCUGGUGGAUCAGCUCAGAAAGAACAUCGAGGCUCGCCUGAAGGUGUCGUUGCCUAGCGACCUGGGAGCAGCUCUGACGGACGGCGUGGUGCUGUGCCACCUGGCCAAUCACGUGAGGCCACGGUCUGUCCCCAGCAUUCAUGUCCCCUCCCCUGCUGUGCCUAAACUCACCAUGGCCAAAUGUCGACGGAAUGUAGAAAACUUCCUGGAGGCGUGUCGCAGGAUUGGAGUUCCUCAGAGUCAGUUGUGUCUUCCUCUUCACAUCCUGGAGGAGCGAGGGCUCCCCCAGGUGGCCGGAACAGUCAGCGCGCUGAUCAGCCUGGCCCUGCCCAGACAGUCUGUCUCCAUGGCAACACCCGGACCCGGACCCUCUGUCACCAUUUAGAUAGAUCGCUGCCUGCAGUAAAUCAGCCAAUCAGAGCUCGCUGUACUUCACAACCUGACAAUGUAAACAAAUUAUGUCAUUUGUUUAUAAAAAAAAACGGGACCGCCCAUCUGGGGGUUCUGGUCUUCACUGGUGCCAUGGUUACAGUAUCUGCGCUCCUAUUGGUCCAUGUCAGAGACUAAAUAAUGAUGUGUGGAAGCCCAUAUCUGCCAGAAAGAGAGAAAAUAAAGAUGCAAACAUAGCUUAGAUUUAGGAAAGAAAAUAUCCAUGUUUGGUUCUGCUGCAUGUUCGGACCCGGUCAGAGUGGACUUAACGUCCUCGUCCCGGUUUGAACUCUUUUUGACCUUUAAUAAAAAGCGACGACAAAAAGUUUGACUGCAGAUGUUCAGUUAAACUUUGUAAUUUUAUCUUUUUAUUUAAAAAGCGACUCAAAGAAAAAACAGUAGAAAAGUUUAGAGUAAGAAUGAAAGAAAAAGUAAAAGAUUUUAAAUAUCCUUUUAUUACAUUUUAACUGAAUUUUAGGACAGAAAAGUCAGAUUUUUGUGUUUUUAAAUUGAAUUUUAACUUUUUUUUAAUUUAUUCUCUUUUAACUGUAUUUAUUUAUUUAUUUUUUAACUGGCAGAAAUAGGCUUCCGUACUGAACCGACAGGUGAGCCGUCAGGUAGAUGCAGCCGUUAGAAAACUGAUAAACCAGCAUGUGGUUCUGAUGGAGACAUGUUCGGAGCUGAACACAGGUCGCGUGACCAGUCCCUGGACUUGUCUCAGGUGUGAAUGUUUUCCAGGUGAGCAGGAUACCAGACAAUAAUCUUUGAUCAUUUCUGGUAAUUGGAAGCUGUUUGGCUUCUGGGGUAGAAACUAAAUAUCUUUCAGAUGGAAAUUCGUGGUCGCCGCCGGUUACCGUUAAGAUUCCCGUUAAAUGAGAUUCAGGGAUGUUUUGUUUUUAACGAAGGAAACAGAAAAUCUUCAUUCUUGGCUUUUUUUGCACAUAUUAAUGAUUUAAACAUUAAACCGUUUAAAUCUUUUUGAGAUGUUUGUUUUUAACAAACAAGAUGAGGACAAAAUAUUAAGGAAAACAGAAAAAUGUUUAGAGCUAAAUGUGUUUUUAUAUAUAAAUAUAUAUAUAUAUAUAUAUAUAUAUAUAUAUAUAAUGUGUGUGUGUGUGUGUUUUCUUUCUCUGCCCUGACGACCUUAUUUACCGUCCAUCAGUAGUUUUAUCUAGAAAUAAUCACAAUAAUUACCUCCUUUUUUUUCUUUGUAAAUGCAUGUUUACAAUAUUUCUGAGCUUUGUUCCAGAUUUUAGUUUAAUAUUGAUUAACAAAUUAUUAAAACAAAGAUAAUAGAACAUAUUAUUUAUUUCAAUAUUAAUAUAUUUGAAACCAGAUUACAUAAGUUUGCUUUGUAAAUUAGCCUUUAGCUAACACAGCUACUGUUAAAUGCUAACAAAGCUAACAUGGUAUCAUAGCACACUUUCUAACACUACAGCAGCUUCCUGCUAAAAUUACUUGUUCUGAAAUAACAUUUCUGAAGCAAACAAGCUACAGUUAGCAUGCUGCUAAAAGCGACGAUAUUACGGUGCGUUCGAUUUGACUCGGAAGUGGGAUUUGGAAUGAUUUGGAUUGUUCCAAAUGUCCUCGGCAUUCCAAGGAUUAUUUUUGCCACUAAGUGAUCUUGUUUUCCAAAUGGUAAAUUCAUAAGGUUCAAAGGACCCCGAGAUUCCAGAUUUAAAGAUGGCUGCUCCCUGUCCCGUUUAGUCAGUCCACGGUUGUCUUUAUUAAAACUCUUCAUGUGUAAACAGCAAUGAGUCGGUAUUGAUAAUUAUGUUGUUAAGCCGGCUUGUUCGCAGAAAAUCACGUCAACAUGUGGUUUAAACUGGCUGCUGUUCUCACGGCGACGUUUUUACAACAGGCUUGUGAUUUUCUAGGUUUUAUACGGUUUCGUAGAAGCUCACAAAUUGGCUUCUUUGGAGGCAUCUGUUUUUCUGAUCUACCUGCUGACGUCUCCAUCUGCCCACCGCUCGGAAUUCCAAGACAACUGGAAUGCAUCAUAAAAACGUUUGUGUCGACAGAGUUGGAAGUCCGGCUGAAGUCGGGGUCGGUGGGUUUGCCGCGCUUUCCAAGUUGGAUAUCAGACUUCACAUUGUAUUUCCAACUGGAAAAAUUCGACUUCCGAGUACAAAUCAAAGGCACUGUUAACAAAGAUUUUAAUUCCUGUUGAUGUAAACUUCAAGCUAACAUUCUUAGCUUGAUUCAUAUGAGCCCCAAAACGCUAACUUUUGAUAAUUGUUGCUGAAAACACGCUGCAAUAUAAAAAUGCUAAUUUACAUUAUCUGUGAACAUUAGCUGUACUUGCUAACUUAAAAAUAAAAGUAGAGAAGCUCUCUGCUAAUGAUACGGAGAAGCUUAAAAUAGCAGCUGGAUUGCUGCUGCUAGUAUUAUGGAAAUGGUUCAAGCUAAUGCGGCUACCUUUUGGCAGGGGUUUACAUUGAGGGAAGAAGCUAAAUGCUAAUGUUGUGUUUAUGCUAACUCUGCUAACAGUUCUAGUAACAGUUAGCUUCAAGACAUCUAAAGCUGGUUAAGUUGUGUUGAAGUAAGUUGAUAAGUUUUUAGACUGUUAACGAACCGUCUGCUAGUUAGCGUCUUCAGCUAAGCUAAGUUUAGCUAACGCUGCGUACUGUCAGUGGUCUCAAACACUACUGCAGCUGUCUUGGGAUAAAUGUUGAAGUUCAGUCUUCUAAUAAUGCUAAACACUAAUGAUAGUAAACAAACUUUGUUUAGUAAUCAGGAUUUUAUUAUAUUUAGCAAACCGUUCCACAGGUCUGGGGCAGACGCCCAGAAAGAUCCGUCACGUCUGGAGACGAGUCCAGGAGCUGCUGGGUGGAGGACCUCAGAGCUCUGACUGGAACCUGUUGGUUUACUUAAAUAUGAAAGGACUGGAACUGGUCUGGUACCAGGACUGGUACCAAAACUGGUCAGAUGGAGGGUUUUGUGUACCAUAAAUUUUGUUCUCAGCUCAGGUUUUAAUGUCUCCAUCAGAUCCCAGCAGGAACUUCGGACGUUCUUACAGUUUCUUUCUGACGGGCACCAGAUGAGGAUGAUGAGGAUGAUGAACCCUGAACUCUGACUUGCAGGAUUUGAGGACCCAUGGGUCCAGUAGACAGACGGACCCGUGUUUUGUUCUUUGUACAGUGUUUAAUUUUCAUAAGGUCAGCUGUUGUUGUUUGUUCUGUUGCUCUGAUGGAGGCUUCAGGUGGAUCAUGUGACCCGGCUGCAGGUGUCAGGCUCUUUGAUCACCUGGGUGGUCCUCACGUGGAGACACGCCUGAGCCUGGAGGUCGCGCCGGGACAUUUUUCAUGUUGAAAAGCUGACCUGACGAGUGGCUUGGCUCCACAUAUAUCCUGUAAAUAUAUACAUACAUAGAUAUUUCUGUAUAUGAGGCUGUAACCUGUGUGUUGCCAUGGCGAUGCAGUUUGUCAGAGGUUACGUCGCCAUGGCAACUCCUAAUUGAUUGUUUCAAGGAGUUAUUUUCUCCUCCUGUUCUCACUCCACCUCUUCACUUCAGCUGACUCAGCACUUUUCAGACAGAAAUCUAAAAUACAGGUCCGGCUGGCCUCCAGGCCUGGUCCGAGGGUCCGGCUGGUCUCCAGGCCUGGUCCGAGGGUCCGGCUGGUCUCCAGGCCUGGUCCGAGGGUCCGGCUGGCCUGGUCCGAGGGUCCGACUGGCCUCCAGGCCUGGCCCGAGGGUCCGGCUGGUCUCCAGGCCUGGUCCGAGGGUCCGGCUGGCCUGGUCCGAGGGUCCGACUGGCCUCCAGGCCUGGCCCGAGGGUCCGGCUGGUCUCUAGGCCUGGUCCGAGGGUCCGGCUGGCCUGGUCCGAGGGUCCGACUGGCCUCCAGGCCUGGCCCGAGGUUCCGGCUGGCCUCCAGGCCUCAUUGCCUUUGCUGAUGGGAAGAGAAACUAAAACCAAGACGUUGGAUUUCGCGUGACCUGGAUGGACAUGGAUGUUAGAGACGGAGGAGAGGAGGGUCCUGUAGGUCAUGUGACGCGCUGCUUUUAAAGGACAUUCCACCACUUUUAAAGGAGGACGAAAAAUUUUUUCACUUAUUUUUGGAUGAAACCUGUAGAAAAAUCUGAAAAACAUUAAACAUUCAUCUGAAACGU